AUGGCUGAGUCGAACCCAAAUCAAGAGACCUCCUCGAAUAUCACCUUCCCUACCACUCCCACGUUUGCGAAGCCUGCCGCCAUCACGCCUCAUUCACAGAAACUCAAUAACUCGUCGCGCGACUUUGAUGAAUCGACGAGGCCCGGCAAGCGACCACGACUUGAGCCGCCUCAGCUGACCGCCGCAGUUGCCUUCGCCGAAGCGCGGCAGAGGUCGUCUUCUCCAGCUUCCUCCAAUACGAGUCCAAACCCCGGCCUUCAAGCCUUGAACACCCUGAUGGGUGCUAAUGAAAAUCCUGUGAGCAAGGCUCUAGCCGCAACGGCAGACACCUCAUCCGACCCGACCAAAACAGUCAGCGAGCCCUUGACCGAGGUCGUCGAGAACAUCGAACAACCCACAAGAACGAGUCCUGAGGUGGUCACAUCCUCCGGCGAUAGUCAUGUUAUGCAAACGAGUCCGACGAGUCUCUCCAGCGUAGGGACUCUGGAUAGUAUGGCCGCUGCCACUGGUAUAACUACCACUGUUGGAAGUCCAUUGCCCAUUGAAGAGACAGUUCGUCAGGUCGUGAAUGCUUCCGAGGCAGGCUCAACCUCUCCCACAGAUGGGAACAAGGCUUUCUCCUAUCCAGCACCUUUAUUGCAGCCACCAGUAAAUGAAAGCGCGAGGCGGGGGAUGAGCUUGCCUCAUUCAGGCACACGACAAGGUACAAGAUCUCCUUCCAGCAAAAAGCACAGAUGCCCAUAUUGCGCCACCGAAUUCACUCGUCAUCACAAUCUGAAGAGCCAUCUGUUAACACAUAGCCAAGAAAAACCCUACGUUUGUUCAACCUGCCAAUCCAGGUUUCGCCGAUUACAUGAUCUCAAGAGACAUACCAAGCUUCACACCGGCGAGAGACCACAUAUUUGCCCCAAAUGCGGCCGAAAAUUCGCCAGAGGUGAUGCUUUGGCUCGUCACAACAAAGGUCCAGGCGGCUGUGCGGGUCGCAGAGCCAGCGUUGGUAGUUUCGGUGGAGAUGACGAUGAUGGUAAUGAUGAUUCUAUGGAUGGUGUUAUGUAUCACGAACCCGAUGCCAUGGAAGACGAAGAAGGUAACGACAAGAGACCUGCCAUUCGUCGACAAGCCCCUUCAGGAGAUGAUACAAUGGAUGAUUCUGAUCAUGUGUCACGACUUCCAAGCACCUACCCUCCUCUUCAAGGACCACCUCCCGGAGGCAUGGCUGGUGGCUUCUUUCCACCAAGGAAUGCCUUUAAUCAACCCAGCACUGGAGUAUCCAUUGCUGCUGUCGCGGCGGGGGUACCGCUUCCCUUUCCAUCCAUGUCGGGGUCGAAUUCUAGUUCGCGGCCAUCGGGUCAGGGUAAUCCUGUCUUUGCACCAAACCCGAUAAGUGAGAGCCCAAAACCACUCUCGCCUAAUCAGACACAGAGAAGUUCUGUUCCAGGACUCUCUGAAGGUAGCUUGGGGCGCAAUCGUUCCCCGAGUAUGGCUCAUUAUCAGCAACCACAAUACAAUCGGGUCAGUGGCUCAAGCUCUCUUGGACUUCCCGCAGGACCUCAGCUACCCCUUCCACCUCCUUUGAACCCGCCCGAUUCUCGCUUCACCUUACCCAGUCAAAGUGCUCCUACACACCCUCCAACCCAACCUAGUGGACCACCUACCCACAUGACGGGCAGUGGACCCUUGUCAUCUCAUAGCAACAGCUUGUCCAGUCAUCAUGGUAGCGGUGAAAACAGCAAUGCCAUGUUUGCCAAAGAAGAUCGUUUGUGGGCUUACGUCAGUAACCUAGAGCAGAGAAUGAAUUCGAUGCAAGAAGAAAUCAAUUCAUUGAAGCAACAGUUGAGCAAUGCACAGGCACAAGCUCAUCGAACCAAUUGA